GCCGAGAAAACACUAAGAAGGAGGGGAAUGAGCUCAAACGGCCGGAGAGCAGCGGCAACAGGCAUGCCAGCGUCCGCUCUCCACCAUUACUGUGAAUCCAUGAACUGAAUGGGUUCAAAAAGAAAAGAGAGAGAAAAAAAUAUGCGCUGGUACAGAGAACAGGCUGAGCACGCUGUCGGACCUGGAACAGCAGUACCGCACCCUGAGGAAAUACUACGAGAACUGUGAAGUCGUUAUGGGCAACCUUGAGAUCACGAGCAUCGACCGUAGCAGGGACCUGACUUUUCUCAGGUCCAUUCGGGAAGUCACGGGCUACGUGCUGGUGGCCCUGAACCAGUUUGACUACCUGCCUUUGGAAAACCUGAGGAUCAUCCGGGGAACCAAGCUCUACGAGGACCGUUACUCACUCGCAGUUUUCCUCAACUACAGACGUGACGGAAACUUUGGCUUGCGGCAACUUGGGCUGAAAAACCUCACAGAGAUCCUAAACGGAGGUGUUUACGUUGACCAGAACAAAUUCCUGUGUCACGCAGACACAAUCCACUGGCAGGACAUCGUCAAAAACCCACAGAACCAUCGUCUGGUGGUGCCCACGAACAGCAGCGUUGCCUGUCAAAGGUGCCACCGUUCCUGUAAUGGCCGUUGCUGGGGCCCCAAGGCAGACCAGUGUCAAAGCUUGACGAAAACGGUGUGUGCAGAGCAGUGUGACGGCCGCUGCUACGGCCCCUUUGUGAGCGACUGCUGCCACCGCGAGUGUGCAGGUGGCUGCUUUGGACCAAAGGACACUGACUGCUUUGCCUGCACCAACUUCAAUGACAGCGGUGCAUGUGUGACCCAGUGCCCUCAGCCCUUCGUCUACAACCCCACUACAUUCCAGCUGGAGCACAACCCUCGAGCGAGGUACACGUACGGAGCCUUCUGUGUCAAGAAAUGUCCACAUAACUUUGUGGUGGACCAUAGUUCCUGUGUGAGAGCGUGUCCCACUAACAAGAUGGAGGUGGAGGAGAACCGCAUCAAGAUGUGUAUUCCUUGCACUGACAUUUGUCCUAAAGCGUGUGACGGCAUCGGCACCGCCAGCCUCCAGUCUGCUCAAACUGUGGAUUCAAACAACAUCGACAAGUUUGUCAACUGCACCAAAAUCAACGGGAACCUGGUUUUCCUCAUCACUGGAAUCAAAGGUGAUGUCUAUCACCACAUCGAGGCUUUGGACCCAGAGAAGCUCAACGUGUUCCGCACAGUGCGGGAAAUCACAGGCUAUUUGAACAUCCAGUCUUGGCCUGAUAACGUCACAGACCUCAGUGUUUUCUCCAACCUGGCAACCAUUGGAGGAAGAGCUUUGUACAGUGGGAUCUCCCUGCUGGUGUUAAAGCAGCCGGGCAUUUCAUCACUGCAGCUUCAGUCUCUCAGAGAGAUCAGCGCCGGGAACGUGCACAUCGCUGACAACAGCCAGCUCUGCUAUUACAACACCGUCAACUGGACACGACUCUUCCGCGCUGCCAACCAGAAGGUUUUAGCCCGUAACAACAGGAGCCCACUGGAGUGCUCCAGGGAGCGUAUGGUGUGUGACCCACUGUGCUCCGACGCCGGAUGUUGGGGUCCUGGACCAGACCAGUGCCUUUCCUGCAGAUUCUUCAGCCGAGGAAAGACCUGUGUAGAGACCUGCAGCCUUUUUGACGGGGAUAUCAGAGAAUAUGCCAAUGGGUCAGUGUGUGUGGAGUGUGAUGCCCAGUGUGAGCGAGCUGAAGACGACUCUUUGACCUGCCAUGGCCCGGGCCCGGAGCAUUGCGUGAAGUGCCUUAAUUUUAAAGACGGUCCAAACUGCGUGGAAAAGUGUCCUGAUGGUCUUCAGGGUGCCAACAGUUUCAUAUUUAAAUACGCUGAAGUCAACAAUGAAUGUCAUCCCUGCCACAUGAACUGCACCCAGGGGUGCAUUGGGCCAAGACUACAGGACUGCAUUGGCUGGAUGGACAGAACCCCUCUGAUCGCAGCAGGGGUGAUAGGCGGCCUCUUCUUGGUGGUGAUCAUGGUGCUUAGCGUAGCAGUGUCUCUACGCAGGAAGAACAUAAAAAAGAAGAGAGCGCUGCGUCGUUUUCUGGAAACAGAGCUGGUUGAACCUUUAACACCCAGUGGAACAGCACCCAACCAAGCCCAGCUUCGAAUCCUGAAAGAAACAGAACUCAAAAAGGUCAAGAUCCUGGGUUCUGGGGCCUUUGGAACAGUGUACAAGGGUAUCUGGGUGCCAGAGGGUGAAACGGUCAAGAUUCCUGUGGCCAUUAAAAUCCUCAGUGAGGCAACUGGACCUAAGGCUAAUGUGGAGUUCAUGGAUGAGGCCCUGAUUAUGGCCAGCAUGGAGCACCCCCAUUUGGUCCGCCUGCUGGGUGUCUGCCUGACGCCCACCAUCCAGCUGGUCACACAACUGAUGCCUCAUGGAUGCCUGCUCGACUAUGUCCACGAGCACAAGGACAACAUUGGAUCACAGCUGUUGCUCAAUUGGUGUGUCCAGAUUGCCAAGGGGAUGAUGUAUCUGGAGGAGCGCAGGCUGGUCCACAGGGAUCUCGCCGCCCGAAACGUCCUGGUCAAAUCACCCAACCACAUCAAAAUCACUGACUUUGGCCUGGCGCGCCUGCUGGAUGUUAAUGAGAAGGAGUAUAAUGCUGAUGGAGGGAAGAUGCCAAUCAAGUGGAUGGCCUUGGAGUGUAUCCAUUACAGGAAGUUUACCCAUCAGAGUGACGUUUGGAGUUAUGGAGUUACCAUCUGGGAGCUGAUGACCUUUGGUGGGAAGCCGUAUGAUGGGAUUUCUACCAGAGACAUACCAGACCUGCUGGAGAAAGGAGAACGUCUCCCACAGCCACCCACCUGCACCAUCGAUGUCUACAUGGUCAUGGUUAAAUGCUGGAUGAUUGAUGCAGACAGCAGACCAAAAUUCAAGGAGCUGGCAGCAGAGUUCACUCGAAUGGCACGUGAUCCCCAAAGAUACCUCGUCAUUCAGGGUGAUGACCACACAAAACUGCCCAGCCCGAAUGACAGCAAGUUUUUCCAGAGUCUUCUGGAUGAGGAGGAGCUGGAGGACCUGAUGGAUGCUGAGGAAUACCUGGUGCCACACGCUUUCAACAUUCCACCACUGGCAUACACUUCCCGCCAAGGCUUAGAUUCUAACAAGAACCAGUUCAGCUACCAGGACACCAAUUUCCGCAGGGAGGACAUGCUGUCCACACUCCCUAGAGUUGUUCCGUCCACAUCUGGAAGCUGCCUCAGUCCACAGGACCUACCCUUAGGGAGGCAACUUGGUGGUGGAUUUGGCCGUGGUAACCCAGAUGACCCUCGCUGCAACGGCACCCUGAGGAAGCAGGCCUCACCGAGACCAAACACCCUCACAGUCUGUUCAGUUCUCACUGCUUCACAAGGUGGAGAGGAGGACAGCACUGGACAGCGCUACAGUGCAGAUCCCACCGGUCUUUUAGGAGAACGGACAAAAGGAGAAAAGGAGCAGGACGGUUAUCCAACAGCCCUGAGAGACAAAAACAACACAGAUUAUAUAAACCCUGUCGAGGAAAACCCCUUCGUCACACGUCGAAGGAACGGCGAUGCCCAUGCAGUGAUUGAUGGAGCAGGUUGCCAUGGCCUUCACAUGCCUGGAGCAGUUGCUGCUGCUGCUGCUGCUGUCCCUAAGAGUCAGACAUCCCAUAGGGACGAUGAGUACAUGAAUGAGCCACUGUACCUGAACACCCUGCUGAAACCCGGAGACAAGAACGGAUUAGCCGGUGCAGUCUCCAUCUCUGGUCCUGCGUCCUCUGUUGCCCAGCCAGUUUCUCAGACACUCAACCAAGCGCCAUCAGGUCACACCGUCACAUCCUCUGGAUAUGGAGUACCUCCCGGCCACUUGCCCCAUUCCUCAUAUCCAUCUCACACCCUGCAUCCAGGGCAUUCGGGACACACCAUGCACUCAGGCGUCACCAGCAACACCAUCCUGUUUGAUAAGAAAGGCAAAAAAGCCACUUUUGACAAUCCUGAAUAUUGGCAGCACAGUCUCCCCCCAAAGUCCACAAUGCACAACCCGGAGUAUCUACAGGACUGCAGCACGCGCUUUUUCUACCGGCAGAACGGACGCAUUCGCCCCGCCGUGGCUGAAAACCAGGAAUAUUUGUCUGAGGCUGCUAUGAAAGCGGGGAACGUUUUGCCACCUCCACCAUACCGACAGAGGAACACUGUAGUGUAGUGACCCGCCUACUGUACAAAUGAGGAAUGACAAGGGGGAUAGAGGUUAAGACAGAAAGACCACACACAGUUCUUUGAUUUUCUUGCAGUGCUCAUCAGUCUGGGAUCUCCUUGUACCUUGUGUGAGCACUUCUCUCCAUUAAAUAUAUGAUUGCAAUUCUUAUUCUUUCUUUGUUCUGUCUUUACAGGAACUCAUUACCACUGACGGACUCUCCUGCCCUCCGCCCCCUAAAACAGAUUAUCAUUGUUAUCGGUCUUGUGUCGUCACAGCAUUUUUUUUGUGCUAGUUAGACGCAAAAACAAACGCAAUCAAAGACUGAAAACAGAUGCUUAGUAGAAACAAGCCUAGGUUAGCCCAAAGAGAGGAUUAUUGCCAUUGACCUUUCUUGAAUUUCUUUUUUUUUUUACUCCCAUAAAUCAUUUUUCAUUAUCCUAAUUUUUGUUUACCAUGGGUAACAUAUAAGCACUUGGAAUUAACAAGAAAUAUUUUUAAAUUAUUUUUUGGAAUCAAGAUCUUGUCUGUUUUUCGUCCCUUUCACUGCAACGUUUCCUUUAGCACACACUCUGGUUUGUAUUAGCUCCACGAGAUCACAGUUAGCAACAAUUUGACUGUCAUUACCAGCGUUAACUGCAGCACUUGGAUUUAUGUCUAAAUGGAGUUGGUGCCUGGGGACGGACAACUCUCUUAAAUGGGACAAGGAGCAUGAUUGUGGAGAACUUUUGAAACGGGCCUUAAGAGAAAAAUAUGACUUCACAGGAACAUUAGUUUUGUCUUUUUCCUCCUUUUUUAAAGCAUUAGAAAUCUGUUCUCGUUGUCACGUUGUCUUAUAGAGGACUUAAAUAAUGAAAAACAAUACAGACACUCUCAGCCAAAGCACAGUGGAGAUGGCAAAGUGACUUACCCUGCAGAGCUGUAAAUAUGCCAAUUACAUGUCAUUACCACUCGCAAUCUGUGGCCUGGGCUGUGCGCGGAAAUAUUCUUAGUGCAUUAAGCGACGAGGGUAAAAUGUUUCUGUUUGGUUCUCUGUCAGAUGAGUUGCGGUUCUUUGGUGAAAAAUACGUUUGAAACCUUUAAAAGACAUUUAAUUUAAAGAGCUGAGAAAAUGGGACUUUUUUUUUCAAGAGCAAACUACGGCUAACUUUAUGUACGGCCAGAUGACACAGAACCUGUAAGCUGUGAGACACCAGCAUGUCUCAUAACUUGGCCUGGGGGCUGGGGUUAUAAGCAGAAUUAGUAUUUGUGCACAGCUAAAUUGAUUUUGCUGUUAUUCCAAAUUGUUAUUUUUGCUUGGCUGAUGUUGCAAUAAUAAUCUAUAGUGGGUAAAAAAAAUGUUUUUGAGUUCGGCCUGCGAAUUACUGCAGCCCAAGCAUUCUAUCAUAGAGUAAUCGGCCAAUAGAAAGUCUUUUGUGCACAGUAAAGUAUCAUCAUUUUGAUAGUGAUUCGAAAUACAGUAUUGCAUUACAAACAAAGUUGCCUGGAUACACUUUUUUCUGAAUUUAAAUUGAAUAUUUUUAGAGUUGAAUUUCUGUCCAUACCAUAGUCUGGUACUUUGCAUUUGCCUUGAUAAGGGGUCGCAAAGCUGGACAGGGCUGCUCUUUAAAUUAAAGUCCAAAAAUACAUACUCAGUUAUAUCAAUAUUGGAUAUUCAGUACACAUCAGACUAUCUGUGUAUAGGGAUUACAAAACAAAGAGCACAUUUUGUUUAAAGUUCACAAAC